GAAGACAACAGAGCGGUGAAAAUGGCAUGAGAUGAUGUGGUAUUGUGGUGUCAAGGAAUAAUCAGAACUGAGUGACCUACAUACAUAUUGAAGUAAAAUAGUAAGAAAUGGAGGAAGAAAUAAGGCUAUUCUCAACACCGAGUCAAUUACAACUUUGUCUGAUGUCCACUGCUAGGAACAUUCUGCGAUUCUUUGGAAUCCAUGACUAUUCUUCUGAAGAUGAAAUGUGGGAGCAGGAGAUAGUACACAGAAUCCAGAAUAAAACAUUUGGUUUGUGGAAUUAUAAUGAAAUCACUGAUGAUGCCACUAAAGGCCUUGUUCAAGAGGUCUGGACCACAGUAUCUGAAGUCCUGUCAGAGAAAGUGCACAUGUUGCAAGAGGCAGAAAGCUCUUCUACUGAUCUGGAGCAAGGUGGAGACUGGAUGAUUCAAUUAAUACCAGAGGAAAACCACUUGAGGAGACAAGUUUUAACCAGAUUUGAUUGGAACCAGUCUGCGAAAAGUAUCAAAGAUGCAUCUCUGGAGUACACAAACAGUCAACCAGGAGUGCCUUCAAAUCCAUCUUCUGAUCUGACAAAUAAUGUUCAAGGUACAUCAACAGUAAACCAAGAUAAUGAUAUACAAGUAUCAUCCCAGGAGUCAGAGUCUGCAGAGGAUAAAGUGAGCUUAGAGGGACUGGAGGUUACAGGAAGCUCAGAGAAUGAGAUACAGAGUGAGGUUAGUCAGCCAGCAACAGUUCUAGACCAGGGCAGUAAUGUUACACAGGAAAAUGACGAAGCUCUUCAGCCUCAGAUUGGAGGCUUAUCUGAACAGUCAGGGCAAGAAUACAUUGAGAAAGUCGAAGACAUCCAGGAAAGUGGAAAUUCUGUUAAUGGAGGAACGAAUCGGAAAGAAGCACCUUCCACUUCUGUUGAAUCGUUGAUAGAAAAUGAAAUGGAAGAAGAAAGAGGAGAAGGAAAAGAUGAAGAUGAAAGCAAUGAAGAAGCACCUUCAAGCCGACAGACAAUAAGUAAACCAUUGAAGGGUUACUUCAAAGGAAAUAAAGUUGUUCCAGACGGAAGUAAAAGUGUGCGAUUUAGUACUGUUAGUGUGAUUGAAGAAGGGGGCAACAAUAGUGGUAUUAGUGGGAUUAAUCCAGAUGAUCUGAAGGAGAUAGAAGCUCUAGCUGGCACCAAACUGCAAGACACUGUAGAUUUGCCUAGAGAUGAAGAAGAAACUUCCAUGACAGAAGAUGAAGCUACGAAACCCAUACAGGUAACCCAGUCUCUGACUGCAGAAGACUUUGUCUAUGGGAAAGAAGCUUACAAGAAUUAUUCAUUAUAUGUACAGAUUGAAAGGAAGAAUAAAAUAAAGAAAUUGGAAGAAUCAAAAGAACUUGCAAUGGACAAAAUGGCAUGGAGAAUAUCAAAGAUUGAUGAGAUCAUUGACAAAGCUAGAGAAUAUUACCAGAAUCCCUCUGGUAAAGCAGCGGAGGACUGGAAGGAGUUACGACGCAGCAUUAAGUCCAGCAGCAAUGUUGGUCUGGGUAGCGAUACAGACAUCAGAUAUAAGUUGUCCAAGCUUCACUCUCACAGACCUAUUUUUACCAACCUCAUAGUGAUAAUACAAGUUGUUGCCUUCAGUGUGCUGUGUUACUUUGGUGGAAUCACAAAAGUUGGUUUUGAACCAUCAAUAGACCUCGCAGAAGGAGUUCCAACAUUCCUUGGAUCAGAGACCAUUCAUAAGUGGGUCAAGCCCAAUGUAUGGAUAGGACCUAAUGAAAAGUUCUGGAUAAGUGUGGGAGCUUUGUAUUCUUCCUGUAUGAGAGAGGACUACAAGUUAAUGUUACAGACCUCCAAAAAGAACUACACCUCCUCCAUGGUUCUGGGCUGCUGUGAAGUGGCCAGUAGAAAUACAGCAGGGACUCUGACAGAAAAAGAGUGUGACCAGGAAACCGGAGGUGUUGGGAUUUGGCUGAAUGGCAUCCCUUGUGGUGAAAGGCCCACAGGACAGAACAGUGUGUCCCACAACUUAAAACCCUGCUGUGUGAACAUCAGAGGAGAAUGUAGGAUGGUGUCUCACAAACAUUGUGAGUUCUUAGAGGGCACCUUCCAUCAGGAGAUUGGCAAGGAACACUGCAGUCAGGUGAACUGCAUCAAUGAUCUUUGCAUUGGGAAGAUGGGUUUUAUGAUAUCCACUAUACCCAGCAAGCCUGAGACUCCCUGGCUGUCCCAGGCCCCCCAGCAAUGGUGGCGCCUCCCCCUGUCUGUUCUCUAUCACCACGGAAUAGUCCAUGCUCUGUUGGUAAUAGGAGCACAAACCCUGAUACUGAAGCACAUUGAAGUAACCAUUGGUUGGCUGCGUUUGAUUAUACUUUUUAUUGUGUGUGGAUGUGGGGGCUUGCUGAAUGCAGAUUUCUACACGGAAAGACGCCAAAAGUAUGGCGACGUUUACAUGACCCACACCUUAGGGAGACCGACCAUUCGAGUAUCGGGCGCAAAUCAUUUACGCGUAAUUCUUAUGGGAGAGAACACCCUGGUUAGCACGAACUGGCCUUCAUCGGUCAAAAAGGUGUUUGGCCAUGGCUCCUUGGCAAUGGCAGAGGGCGAAGUACAUUCCUUUCGAAAGAAACUUAUCAUCAAAGCAUUUACUCAUGAAGCCUUAGAAAACUACAUACCUUCCAUUGUGGAGAUCACACGUAUUUAUAUUCGAAAAUGGACGUCAGCCAAAGAGAUUCGUGGUUAUGAUGAGUGCAAAGAACUGGCCUUUGCUCUAGCAGCUAAGGUGUUGAUGGGAUCCGACUUCGACCAAGAAUAUGUUUCGUAUUUGUCCUCGACUUUUGAAACUAUGAUUUACAACAUGUUCUCCUUGCCUCUACUCAUUCCAGGACUUGGUCUUUGGAAGGCAUUGAAGGCUAAGGAAACCAUUCAGGGGGAGAUAUCAAAGUGUUUAAACAAAAUACAAGAUGAAGGGAGUAAGCAGGAUUUCAGAAGCGUCAUCCAUCAUAUUUUGGACCAAAAGGAGUAUGGAAAUUACGAGAGAUCGGAAGUUUUGGAUGCUUUGCAGGAACUCUUCUUCACCGGACAUGACACCAGCGCAAGCGCAAUGACAAGUGUUCUGAUGUUCGUAGGGAGAAACCCGGAAGUUCUAGAGCGCCUGCGAGAGGAAUUAGAUAGAGAAGGGCUUUUACAUUGCUCUGACGACGAACUUGAUCAUAUUGAUUUAAAUAAGAUAUGUAAACUAAAGUAUCUAUAUUCUGUUGUGCGAGAGGUGUUGAGGGUAGCAUCGCCAGUUGGAGCAGGAUAUCGAAAAGCUUUACGAACAUUUGAAGUUGGGGAUUACCGAAUACCAAAGGGAUGGACUAUAGCCAUCGGGUUUAGGGACACGCAUCUCACAUCUCCUGUGUAUAAGGACCCAGAAACGUUUGACCCUUCAAGAUGGGAAACACUUCCAAAUUUAGAAAGGCAGGAUGGAGAUUCAAGUAUUGAUCGCAUGAAUUACACGGCUUUUGGAGCUGGGGCAAGAUUUUGUGUGGGAAAAGAAUACGCUAAACUGAUAAUCCGGAUAUUUGUGAUAAAACUGGCCCGAAACUGUGACUGGAAAUUACAUAAUCCUUAUCCUAAAAUGGUGUAUAUUCCUGUUCCCAGGGCCGUGGAUAGAUUACCAUUAUCAAUUUGGAAACAUGACUUAGGCGUUUAACAUCGUGAACUUUUGCUGAUUUUAUGUUGAUAGAUGUCUUUUGGAGGUUGCAAGGUCUGGAAACGUGCAAUAAUAGAUAAAACAGAGACUCGGUGAAAAUGUGAAAAUACUUAUUUUUUAAUGCAAUUUUAUGCAAUAAAAUAUUGUAGUUGUGCCAUUAACGGUUAACAAGAUAAAUUUACCCGGUGAUAAUAAUAUAUACCCCUGUUGAUCAACCGAGCCCUUUUCUCUGCAUGCAAGUCCAUGACCAUGACCAAUAGUUUUGAACCUCUGUUUAUUUUUUGUCCAAAUAUCCUUCUACUCAGGGAAAUCUUGUAUUUAAAUAAUUAUAAUUAAGAACAAUCAAUAAGAAUAUUUCAUUCAAUGCAAUUCUAACCUUCAGUAGCUCUUUUUUCCCAUUUAAGACGAGAAUGUUAAAAAUUGUAUUCUUCCUAAAAGUUUUUUACCGAAUUAUAUGACAAUUCUUUAAAUAUAGACCUUAUUCAGGACACGUUUUUUUAAAUGUUUGUCAUUAAAAAAUUGUAGAACAGGAUAUAAUGAGAAAUGAUUUGUCAGAUAGAUUAAUUUUGACAUCAAAAUUACAUGGAUAAACUAUAUAUUUUCUUGUUUAUAAAGUUAAAAGAGUUUCUUCUUAAGGUUUAUGAUUAAUAAAUACAAAUUUAACAUCACACAUUACACGUUAUUUGAGUACCAAGACAACAUAAUUUGAACAAUAAAAAAAAAAUAAACUACUUUUCUCUUUGUGAGCAUUGACUACUGGGUAUAAUUUAAAUGAAAAUUAUUUCAAUAUAUUUUUAAGAAGAAAGAAACUCUUUUUAAGACUCUAACUAUAAAAGAAAUGAAUCAUAUACUUCAGGAGAGGAGAAAGAACAAACUCUCAUUAAAAUUUUACACACACAUACACAAAUGAAAGUGCAAUAUUCAGUACAAGGACAAAACGAGAUUUCUUUUUUUAUUUGAUAUAUAGCCUUGAUUUGCCCAUUCUAUGUCUACAUGUUUGAUGUAUCUAUUUGGAAAGCAGAAAUUAAUUCUAAUCAUCAUGUAGCUAUUUAAAAUUUCGAGCAAUAAGGUGAAACCCGUAUUGAAAUUGUCAAUGAAUUAGCGAAAAAGUUGGGAUCAAACUCAUUAUUAAUUUUUUUUUAUAAAAAGUCUAAAAUAUCGCCAAAUUUUAGAAAGCUUGAAAGGGGUGCUUUUAACAAAGUAAGUUUCUUGUGUACAUGUAUUAAUUAAUAACAGUAUUUUAUGCUUUAUAAAUCAAUUGUUUUAGUUUGUACAUUAAU